AACUUAAGUGGUAAUUGUGCGAAUCAAAUCUCUAGAAUGGCAAUUGUGCGAAGCCCAACGAAUAAAGUGGCAAAAAUCCAAUUUUCUCGAUCUCCGCGCUACUCCAAUCCCAAUCAUCAGCCAGCCUUCCCCCGCCGUCGAAGACGCCCCAGAAGGCCCAAGCUCUUGGACCCGACGCCUUCUUCCAGCCCCGCUCGAUCGGAUCGAAGGGAGUUCCUCGAUCCCGAGCUCGAGCUCGCAGGGCACCGGCCUCCUCCGCUCCUCCAACCCUGCAGCAACGUUGCAGGGAGGUCGCCAUGGCCAUGGAGCUUCAUCCGCGCCAUCGUCCUGCCGCAGGUCCAGGCCAGGUGCCCGUCAUGGAUGCUGCCCCAAGGAGCUCUCCCCGGAAUUGACUCCUCACGGGCGGGCCCGGCGCCUCCAUGUCCGUGCCGGACCUCGACCCCUCGGCCAGCGCUAUCCCCGCCCGGUUCCCCAGCGCAGCAGGUCCAUUGCAGCAACUUCCACAUGUUCUGUUGACUGCCAUUGCGUGUGUGCCUUGUGGGAAAGAAGACCCGUAUUUCUUUGGUAUUUAUAGGACAGACCUGCUAAUUUAUCACACGAGCAAGCACAGCCGACGGCUGGCACCAUUGGGUUCCCAGAGGUCUGGGGUUCCAAUCUCAGCUGUGUCAAUAUAAUUUAUUUUCUGGACAGUGCUGUACGCCCGGCGUGCGGUCCGCAACCAACCAACCCUGCGCGUCCCAUCAUUGCAUCUCCAUGCAACAUUUUUUCUCUGAUGCAGCAAUUUUUUCAAUGGUUGUAACAAAAAACAAAAUUUAACCUAUAUUGGAAUAAAGUACUAGCUUAGUUGGCUAGCGCAGUA